ACUAAAACCAUCCAUCCAUUGGGUGGUACAAGUCAAUUAGGAAUUUUUAAUUAUGUUCAUUAUUUACUUUGAAUUCAUUUCCCUCGGCUUCCCGCAGGGCACCUGAAGGAGCUGCUGGGUGAGUGCCAAUUAAUUCGGGUGCAGGGAAAUAAUAAUUAAAAGGGAAAUUGGGGAGAAAAAUGAGAAAAAUUCGAGGGAAAUCUUGGGGGAAAAAAUGGGAAAAAUUAAUUAAUUAAUUAUUUAAUUAAUUAAUGACGCUGUAAUAAUGGGAAAUAAUGAGUAACAAUAAUUAUUAAUGUGGUGAUAAUUUCCAUUUUUAAUGGGAAAUAAUGAGUAAUAAUAAUAAUUAAUAGUGUGGCGAUCAUUUCCAUUUUUAAUAAUGAGUAAUAAUAAUUAAUAAUGUGGCGAUCAUUUCCAUUUUUAAUGGCACGUAAGUUCUGCAAUUUUCUCCCCAAAACGCGUCUGAUUUAAUUGCUAAUUAACAUAAUUAACCCCUCCCUUUUUAGGGCCUCAGACACAAAAUUUACCCCAAUUUGGAGUUUCCCCCUCAAAAUAUCCUGAAUUAAAAAUUAAAAUUGAGGUUUUGGAGUUAAGGGAGCGUAAUAAUUUUUAAAUUUUUUUUAAUUUUAAUUUUCCUGGCUGUAAAAUUUCAGGAAAUUGGGAUUUUAUCCCAUUUUUAAUCCAUUUUUUCUUCAUUUCCAGGGGAUCAGGACGCUGUGAUCAGUGAGUGCCGCUGGGUUUGGGAGAAAUUCCCCAGAUUUUGGGAAUUCACUUUUUUCACAAUUCACAUUUUGCCACUUGGGCUGGAAAUCUGGCCCAAAAACCCCAAAAUUAGUGAAAUUAAAUUUUUAAAAAUGGGGAUUUAGAGGCACAAAGGCUCUGAAUCCAUGGGAAGGGAAAAGAAAAAUUUAAAAUAAUUUCAUUUUCCUCUUUUUUAGGAAAACUGAGGGGGGAGCUCGAGGCGCGGAAGGAGGGGGACGAUGGUGAAAUCCCCGAGGAAAUGGAGGAAGAACCUGGCGAGGAGGAGGAGGAAGAGGAGGAGGAAGAGGAAAUAGAGGAGGAAGAGGCGGAGGAGGAAGAGGAGGAGGAAGAGGAAAUAGAGGAGGAAGAGGCGGAGGAGGAAGAGGAGGAGGAGGAAGAGGAAGAGGAGGAAAUAGCGGAAGAAGAGGAAGAAGAGGAAGAGGAAGAGGCGGAGUUAAAAGAGGAAGAGGAGGAGGAAAAAGAGGAAGAGGAGGAAAAGGAAAAGGAGGAAGAGGAGGAAAUAAAAGAGGAAGGAGAGGAAAUAAAAGAGGAAAUAAAAGAGGAAGAGGAGGAAGAAGAGGCGAAGGAAGCCGCAGAACCGGGGGAAAUCGACAGAAAAUUCGAGGAGCUCAGGGCGGCGCUGGAAUCCCGCGACGCCAGGAUUGCGGAGCUCUCGGAGGCGCUCGAACAACGGGACCGGCGGAUCGCGGAGCUGAACGCGGAGCUCGAGGAAUCCCGACUGAGGAUCUGGCGGUGCCUCGAGGAGCACCGGAAAGAUGAAGAGCAAGUGGCCCACGUCACCCUGGACCCCCUCACGUCCCACCCGCGCCUGCAGCUCUCCCCGGACGGGCUGGGCGCCCGCUGGGCCUACGCCGACGCCGACCCCGCCGCGGCCAUGGCAGGCCCCGAGCGCUUCGCGGCCCGCGCCGUGCGUGCUGGGCAGCCCCGGCUUCACCGCCGGCCGCCACACCUGGACCGUGGCCGUGGCGCGCGGCCCCUUCUGCGCCGUGGGCGUCAGCCGCGCCUCGGUGCCGCGCCGCGGCCCGGCCUUCGGCCCCGGCGCCGGCGUCUGGGCCGUGCAGCGCUGGCCCGGCGGCUGCCGGGCGCUGACCGAGCCGCCCACGCCGCUGCCGCGCGCGCCGCGCCGCCUGCGCGUGGCCCUGGACUACGAGGGCGGCGGCGUGGCCUUCUUCGACGGCGACGGCCCCCGCGGCGCCGCGCCGCUCUUCGCCUUCCCGGCCGCCGACUUCGGCGGGGAGCGCGUGCGGCCCUGGUUCUGGCUGGAGCUGGGCGAGAUCUCCAUCGAAAAGUGACCCCAAAACUCCUGCCAGGACACGUGUCCAGUCCUGGUCCUGGCCGGACAUGUCCAGUGACCCCAGGACACGUGUCCAGUCCUGGUUCUGGCUGGAGCUGGGCGAGAUCUCCAUCGUCCAGUGACCCCAAAAUUCCUUCAUGGACAUCACCUUCACCCCUGGCUGGACACGGGGAGAUCUCCAUCAUCCAGUGACCCCAAAACCCCUCCAUGGACAUCACCUUCACCCCUGGCUGGACACGGGGAGAUCUCCAUCGAAAAGUGACCCCAAAACUCCUGCCAGGACACGUGUCCAGUCCUGGUCCUGGCCGGACAUGGGAGAUCUCCAUCGUCCAGUGACCCCAGGACACGUGUCCAGUCCUGGUUCUGGCUGGAGCUGGGCGAGAUCUCCAUCGAAAAGUGACCCCAAAACUCCUCCAUGGACAUCACCUCCGGCCCUGGCUGGUUCUGGCUGGAGCUGGGAGAGAUCUCCAUCGAAAAGUGACCCCAGGACAUCUCCAUUGUCCAGUGACCCCAAAACUCC